AUGCCCAAAGCAAGUGCUGGGGGGCCGAAGAAGGCUUAUACACGCGCUCAGAACCUCUCCUUGAAAGACCUUAAUCUCAAGAACACCGCAGAUAAGCAUGCAGUAAUUCGAAUGCUGCGCAAGAUUUAUGACCCCAUAAACCCCUUCAACCCCCAAAAGUUAUUUUUCCAGAAGAAAGAUAGGGAGGACUUCAAGAAAAGACUUGGAAAAGCCCUGAAAGACAGAAACUUUCUCAACAAGCUACCCGAGUGCCUCCCGAAAGGUAACAUUGAUGACCUGGCGGAGAAGUUAUACAUUUUGACUCGAAAUUCGCAUACUCUAAGAGACUGGGGUGACUGGGGUCUUCCUAAGAGAGAUGAAAGUGUUUCCUCAGUUUCCUCAGCCGCGAGUACUCCGCCUCGGGCUCUCAAUCGAGAAGACGACAAGCCAUUCGAUUACGCCAGGGCCACAGUCCUGCCCAACAUCGAUAUCCAGAUCAUUCGCCCAGAUAGUCCCACCAAGACCGUGGCAUAUCGACUGUCCGACUUUGUAAGGGAUGAAUGGCAGCUCUCAGCCCGUAGCACGGACGGGAAUUGGCUCGAUGGUGCCAGACUCAACCUGGAGCGACUCAAGACCGCACUGGCGGCCACAAAGCACAUCAGAUCCAGAGAUGAUACGCUAUGGUGGAACCCGUGGCCUUUGCAUAUUAUUGAUUCUCUGAAUCUCACGAUGCAGACGGCCGAGGACGGGGAAAUUCUUUUGACGGACACAAACUUCUUGUCUACUUUACAGCGUGUUGUCGAGACCCAUUUCCCCGAUCUGAGCCCUGAAAAAUCCAAGAUUGGUGAAGGUUUUCUGGAGGUUCGGCCAAAUAUUACUCUGAUCGUGCGAUCUGAGGGUGCUACUGGCGGGGCUUUUUCCACCAACUACGAGUCAAAUCUUUCCUCUCCAGGUCCACUCCGCUCAGCUACUUCUAACCCUAGUUUUGUCCGAGGACAAACAACGAGCGAUUCAAAUAGAUUCUCUACACCAAGAAAGGAACGCGUUGGAAGUAACCUCGACCCAGACACCCCUUUGCAAGGCCACCGCCACAGCAGUCCUCCUCGCAAAGAACCAAUCGGCGAAGAAAGAUUUUCUCUUCCUAGAAACGAACGCCCAGCACACUCUCCCGACUCAGGUUUCCCAUUUUCAGGCCCCACCCCUAAAUACAAGGCUGCUGGCCCGUCCUGCGCCGGAAGUCGAUCCAAUCUCCCAACCUCACACUGGCUCGAAGCAGGCCCAGGACAAGGCGACUUUAUGAGCGGACCCUUCAUUUCAAAGCGCAAGGAAACAAUGUCAUCGACCAACUCAGACCGAGACCUCAAACGUCGAAAGCUCGACUAUAAAAUCCAGGCCAAGUUACAAGAACUGGGCUCCCGCCUUAUGGAAUACAUCACCGAGUAUGGGAAGAACCGGUUUCUCGUCGAGCACGUCAACAUUGCUACACAGUUUCUCAACACGCUGACCCCGCGGUUCGAGAACUAUGGCAGUAGCGAGACCGAGAAGCACAUGUGUGAUUUUUUCGAGACGGCUGUUGUUAUAUUGGGCAAUACUGCAUCAAUGGCCGCGGGGCAGAUGUCCGAAGAAACGUUGUCGUUUAUGACGACGCUUUUGAACAAGAUUCUCACUGCUAUUGGCGAUCUCGAUGCCGAUGAGUCCGACGAGGCUAUCCUGUCCCCUUCUGCGGAUAUGGCUAUUCUAAUCCUGGACUCGCUGUUCGGGAAGGUGGAGAAAGACACUGAUGAGGAGGGGUUGAAUGUUAUCUCUACCAUUUGCUAUAGGGUCCUGUCCUCACUAAUCGACAGGUCAAAGUCGCGCGAGGAUCAGAGACAGCUGACCCCUGUGUUCCUGCUUGCUUAUUAUCUCGUGCGGGAGAUUGAUGCAGAUUUGGCCGAGAUGGCCCCCCACAACUCCGACCCUCGUAACGCGCAGAGCCACAUCGGCCAUCUCCUCGGGAUCGGGACCUCGAUUACGAUCAAGAUCCACGACAAGGUCAACGGGGGCCCAGAGGAAUCAGACGGCGAGGAUGAAGACGACGAGACUUGGGCCUAUAAUGUCACGGCCCGGAUCCUUGUUCUCAGCAUCGAGCGAAUGAUGGAUGGAUUGAAGGACGGCACCGCGGAACAGAGGAUCAACCGCAGGUGCAGCCAUGUAUGCAACCUCUUGGAGCGUACAGAAGACUCGCCCAUUAUCCAGUUCAGUGCAUUUGGGUACAAAGGCCUUUCCAUGGCUCUGGUUCACAUGACAAAGCAAAUGUUCGGCCCUGGCGAAGGUGACUUACUCGAGCAAGUCAUCGUGCUUCUCGAGCAAUUGGCCCCUGUUUUCCAGCUACAUGGUUCCACGAUGGCCAAGAUCCAGACCGAGAUGACUGCCGAGCCAGAAGUUUUGGAUUUCAUGCUGGAGUCGGGCGCGAUGAUCUACAACGAAGUGAUGCUAGAACUACGCCAGAGUGGUGCUCAGUUCAUUCCGCUAGCGAACGCAGUCUCCGAUUUCACCAAGUUCUGUUCGUUAUUCCUGGAAUGUAUCCGCGAGGGAGAGACUGACGGGGUGGUCAAUGCCGAUGAAGCACAACAAAGAUAUCUCAAAAAGAUGGUGAUUUGGCUAGACUCGCUUAGUACCAUGCAUCAAUCAAGCAAUAAAGGUGAGGGCUCGGAGUCAGGCGAUGCAAACUCGGCCAGCAGCGAAGGAGAGAAUUCCGACAAAUUCGAACCACCCAUUCUCCAACGCUCCGAUACUAUCUCAAACUUCUACCGCAGCUUUUCCGAUCUACAGAGGAGGCACCAAUAUCCGUACGAAGGGCCAGACCGCUGGGUGGCCGACCAAACAGAGCUCCAGGAGUCUGAGUCUUAUCUCGACCGCCUGGAGAACUUGCUGAAGUUUAUUGAGGGAGUGGCUUUUAAGAGCACCGCGGACAACGGCAAUGUCACGGAGUGGAAAUUUGACCCAGAUCAGUCUGCACUCUGCAGAACCCAAGGGAUUCUCGGGUUUUUGCGCACUCAGACUGAGUCGAGCCUUGCUAGCACUUUACUCCAGCCUGAUGAUGGUCCUGGAAACAACAGCGAGGGUAGCGACGAAGGCAGUGACGAGGAUGAUGAAGAAGAGGAGGAGGAGUAG